CGCGCGCCGAGCGGCCGCCGCAGCCCGACGCCGCCGCCGCCGCCGCCGCCGCCUCCGGGCCUGAGUGACGGGCCGGGGCGGCACCUGUGCCCCCGGAAGCGUGAUGCCUUGAACUUGGAAACUAUGUGAAACAACACUCUUUCUGGAUUUCAGAAGACAUCAUUUCAUCAUGGGACAACAGAUUUCAGAUCAGACACAGUUGGUUCUUAACAAGUUACCAGAAAAAGUAGCAAAACAUGUCACAUUGGUUCGAGAAAGCGGCUCCUUAACUUACGAAGAAUUUCUUGGGAGAGUAGCUGAACUUAAUGAUGUAACCGCUAAAGUGGCUUCUGGCCAGGAUAAACAUCUUCUCUUUGAGGUACAACCAGGGUCUGAUGCCUCUGCCUUUUGGAAAGUGGUUGUACGGGUGGUCUGUACCAAGAUUAACAAAAGCCGAGGCAUUGUAGAAGCAUCACGGAUCAUGAAUUUGUACCAGUUUAUUCAGCUUUAUAAAGAUAUCACAAGUCAAGCAGCAGAAGUGUUGGCACAGACCUCCACCUCUGAAGAGCCUGAUGAAAACUCGUCAUCUGUAACAUCUUGUCAGGCUAGUCUUUGGAUGGGAAGGGUGAAGCAGCUGACUGAUGAGGAGGAGUGUUGUAUCUGCAUGGAUGGUCGAGCUGACCUCAUCCUGCCUUGUGCUCACAACUUUUGUCAGAAGUGCAUUGAUAAAUGGAGUGAUCGACACAGGAAUUGCCCUAUUUGUCGCCUGCAGAUGACUGGAGCAAAUGAAUCCUGGGUGGUGUCAGAGGCGCCCACUGAAGAUGAUAUGGCUAACUAUAUUCUUAACAUGGCUGAUGAGGCAGGCCAGCCCCACAGACCGUGACCUUGAGUGAAGUGUUUUGUUGCUAUUGUGAGCUACAAACACUUGGUCAUGGGGAAAGAAUGCAGGGAUGUUGUGGCGCAGUCAGCGAGAACUCACUUUUCUCCACCCUCUUAUUUUCGCUUUCCUGAUAAUUUGUUCCAUUUCUUUUGAUAAACGUUUUAUGUCUUCCAUUUAUGGUAAAUUAAAAUUUGCUACUGUUCUAGA